AUGUGCAAAUAUAUCACACACCUCCGUGUCUGCAAUGUCUGCAGUCAACAAGAUACGGUGCUCAUAUCGGAGAGGCCCUGCUUCCUCGCCAAAAAGAAUGGCGUCUUUGGAAGUUGUGAUGCAGGUAUUGGCAGCGACCGCAGCAGUACCCGAAAUCACUGCUGGAAAUGUAAAGAGAGAGUCCGUCGCAUUCCUCGACCAUCGCCAACGUCGCGGCACAUCAGCCUUCACUGA